CUCCCACUUCAGUCAAAUUUCUUGCUGUGGUUGUCACGCCUGAUGAUGAUUGCUUGUGUUGCUGUGAGUAUACUAGUGGGGGUCUACUGAUGAUGAUGAUGAUGCUGUGAGUGUAAUAGUGGAGGUCUACUGAUGAUGAUGAUGAUUGCUUGUGUUGCAAUCGAAACGUCGUGGUUUUUAUUUUUUGUAUCUUUUAUUUUCUUUACCUACGGGACUGUACCGAAAGAACCAAGAGUAUAGUGUGAGGCUAGCCCCUUGGGUAUGUGAGCUCGGCAAACAACGACAACGACGUGAAUAUCGUUGUGAACGAGACAAGUGCGGGGUCCUUAAGGAAUAUUGCAUAGCAACUCAAUCACAUGGAUCAGACACACUCGGCACAACCUGAUGCUAAAAGACACCAAUGUGGGCAGUGUCUGUACAACACGGAUCACAUUGGCAACAUGAAGAAUCAUGAGAGAACACACACUGGAGAAAGGCCCUUCAAGUGCCCCACGUGUGGGAAUGGAUUUUCCGAGGCAGGAUCUCUUAAUGUUCAUCAGAGAACACACACUGGUGAGAAGCCCUUCAAGUGCACUGUGUGUGUGAAAACAUUCACAAAUUCAGGAAAUCUUAUUAUUCACCAAAGAACGCACACAGGCGAGAAGCCCUUCAAGUGUACUGUGUGUGGGAAGGCAUUUACCCGGUCAGGAUAUCUUAAUAUUCACCAGAGAACACACACAGGCGAAAAGCCCUUCAAGUGCACUGUGUGUGGGAAUGCGUUUAACCAGUCAGGAUCUCUUCGUAUUCACCAGAAAUCACACACAGGUGAAAAGCCCUUCAAAUGCACUGUGUGUGGAAAGGCAUUUACAUGGCCAGCAGAUCUUCAUAUUCACAAGAGAACACACACAGGCGAGAAGCCCUUCAAGUGCUCUGUGUGUGGGGACACAUUUAUAAAGUCUUCACAUCUUCGCAAUCAUCAAAGAAUACAUACAGGAAAAAAACCCUUCAAGUGCACUGUGUGUGGUAAAGCAUUUGCACGGUCAGGAGUCCGGAACAAGCAUGAGAAGAUCCACAAGGAGAAAAAAGUAAAAUCACCAAGUGAAAUUCAGAGUGUUGCUAUGAGCUUAUCUAUCGUGAAACAAGAACCAGAAGAAAAAUCCAGCUUUGCAUCGUGGCCAGAAGUGAAGGUGAAAUGUGAAGAAGUGAAGCUGGAAUGUGAAGAAAUGAAGCUGGAAUGUGAAGAAGUGAAAGUGAAAUGUGAAAUAUUAAAGGUGAAAAGUGAAGUGAAAUGUGAAGAUGAAGAUUCGACUUCAGGACCCAACCUCCAGGUGCAUGGUGGCAACGUGAAGCAGGAGGAGGAUUCGGACUGUAAGGGAGAGGGAGGCGAUCCCCAGAAGUUUGUGGAUGUGGAGGUGUGGGUCGACUUUUUGGAAAAAGCAGAAUAGGAGGGCCCUGC